UGGUCUUUUGCAACUAACCGCCCACUGUCACUUUACUCCGCUCACUUCUCGAAUUCUCAACAAUGGCGAACGCAAUUGGAAAAUAUUAAACGCGAGUGCCAAGAAAAUGUGAAAUUAACCCACAGCCAAAGCUGCAAAAGUGUUUACAAGUUGAAAGGCCAUGAAGAAGAGGCGAUAAUAUGCCAGAAACAAUAAACCAAAAGUGACUGCAAGUGCAAACUGAAAACGGAUCGGAAGUCGCAGAAAUUAGUUAUCUCUCUCUCUCGCUCGCUCACUCGCUCUUUCUUUAAAACCCCCACCCCCCGACCGGCUGUUGAAGCUCAGUGUGUUUUGCAAAAUGAGAUUCUGCGUCGCGAUUUGUUGCGUGUUAUUUUUGCUGGCCAGCGGGCCUAUUGCAUCAGCUAUAGCCAGAGCAAAACAACAAACCGACUCGGCAGAAGUCGUCAGCAGUGGCGAAGAUGAAAAGGCGGACUGCACGGACCUCGCUCGCGACGAGGAGGCACUGAUGGUGUUCUCCACUUUGGGUGGCGGACUGACGGCCAUCGAUCCGGUGACCAGCGAAAUACGCUGGACAAUAGCAGAUGAACCUCCGAUAGUAGCAGAGCCUCAGGAGAAUGUGCAGGUCCCACACUUUCUGCCGGAUCCUCGGGAUGGCAGCAUCUAUCAGCUGGGUCAGAUGGGCAGUCUCAAGAAGCUACCCUAUACCAUUCCCCAGCUGGUGGCUAAUGCUCCUUGCCGCUCCUCCGACGGAAUUCUGUAUUCCGGCAAGAAGAGUGACACUUGGUACAUGGUGGACCCCAAGACGGGCCGGAGGGAGAAGGUUAUGGGCUUCGGAGAUGCCAGCAUGGAUGGCAAGGAGGGCGAACAGAUUGGCUGGGCCACUUCGCGGGCCAUUUAUCUCGGUCGCACUCAGUACACGGUGAUGAUGUACGACAGCCUGUCCAAAAACAAAAAUGCCAAGCCCUGGAACAUCACUUUCUACGACUACAAUGCUGUGAGUGCUCCACCAGAGUUGGCGAAGGAAUAUGAAUACAUCCAUUUGACCACCACAAGCAAUGGACAAAUCGUGACCCUAGAUCGCAAACAGGGUAAAUUUUUGUGGCAGCGGGAUUUAAGCAGUCCAGUUGUCGCCGCGUUCCUUUUGGGUCCAGAUGGUCUACUCAGUGUGCCUUUUACCACGGUUUCCGAUGAGGCUUAUCAGGCCAUACUCGAGGAGUCAAAAACCGGAAAUGUGAACACCGUUAAGCUAUUUCAAUCGCUUUACGUGGGCGAGCACCAAAAGGGCUUGUACGCUUUGCCCUCGCUGGUGGACAAGAACACGCCUCGGAUUUCCACAGCACCGCCUAUAAAACUCCUCGAUGGACCUACAGGAGAGCCAAACAUUAAGGACAAUGAUCCGCGUACCGUUUACAUUAACGAUGUGCUGCAAGAACAUCCGGGCAUUAUGCUGGGACACUACAAUAUGCCCAAUGAGGGUAAUGGCAACUUGCAGCUAUCACCCACACCAUCUGCCAGCAAGGUGGUGAACAGCCUGGCCACCAUUCACAACUACAACGAUGGCUACGGCCUGUUGGCCAACAAUGAAAAGAAUGCCGCCGACAUUGGCGUGCAAACGGAUCCGGAACUAGUGGAGAUUGGCAUUGAACAGCGGACAAAUGGGAACACCAUUAAUCGGACAAAGACAAUCAUCCUGCAGAACAGCAAUAAGGUGCAGGCCUUUAUCAACGAGUGGUUUAUGGAGCAUCCGAGCGGAAAGGUUCAUCAGAUUCUGAUUGUCAUCGUUCUGGGAAUGAUUGCCCUGUUUUGGUACACCUGCAGCACCAUGAGAGAGUUACAAAAGCAGAGCGAGAACGGCUCAAAAACCUUUGCUAUAACCCAAAAUGGUUCCAAUGGUAGCAACGGCAGUAAUGGCAGCAAUUCAAGUGCCGAGGAUCUGGUGGAUUUGGGCAAUGGACAAGUGCGCGUGGGCAAGAUCAGCUUCAGCACGAACGAAGUGUUGGGAAAGGGCUGCGAGGGCACUUUCGUGUUUAAAGGCACCUUCGAGGAGCGCUUUGUAGCCGUGAAACGACUGCUGCCUGAGUGCUUUACGUUUGCUGAUCGCGAGGUGGCUCUGCUCCGGGAAUCGGAUGCGCAUGAGAACGUAGUGCGAUACUUCUGCACUGAACAGGAUCGCCAGUUCCGCUAUAUAGCCGUGGAACUUUGCGCUGCAACUUUACAGGAUUAUACUGAAGGAGAUCGCUCGCUUGAGCUUCAGAAUCACAUCGAUGUUUGGCAGGUGUUGAGCCAAGCUUCUGCUGGAUUGAGUCAUCUCCACUCCCUCGAUAUUGUACAUCGCGACAUCAAGCCGCAGAAUGUUUUGAUUUCGCUACCAGACGCAAGGGGCAAGGUCCGGGUAAUGAUCUCUGAUUUUGGCCUCUGCAAGAAGCUCAAUUUUGGCAAGACCAGUUUUUCUCGCCGCUCGGGUGUAACUGGCACCGAUGGUUGGAUAGCCCCUGAGAUGAUGCGAUCCCAGCGAACGACAACUGCUGUGGAUAUCUUCUCACUGGGUUGCGUCUACUAUUAUGUAUUAAGCGGAGGUCAUCAUGCCUUUGGAGAUAAUCUUAAGCGUCAGGCCAACAUACUCUCGCACGAGUACAAUUUAGCCAAGCUGCGUACAGAAGAUGACAGGGAGAUUAGCCGCAUUAUUCUUGCUGAGCAAUUAAUAUCGGACAUGAUUCACAAGGAUCCGCAAUCGCGUCCACCAGCUCGCUGUAUUGGAAACCAUCCAUUGUUUUGGGAUGAGCCAAAGAUGCUCUCCUUCCUGCAGGACGUCAGUGAUCGUGUGGAGAAGUUGCAGUUCCAUGCCGAACCGCUCAAGUCGCUGGAAAAGAACGGUCGGAUAGUCGUUCUGGACGAUUGGAACUUGCAUUUGGACCCGAUGAUCACAGAUGAUUUGAGAAAGUAUCGCGGCUACAUGGGCGCCAGUGUGAGAGAUUUGCUUCGUGCUCUGCGCAACAAGAAGCACCACUAUCAUGAGUUGACUCCGGCCGCUCAGGAAAUGCUGGGAUGCAUUCCGCACGAGUUUACCAACUAUUGGGUGGACCGCUUCCCGCAGCUCAUCUCGCACGCUUACCAUGCGUUCAGUAUUUGCUCAAACGAGCCCAUCUUCAAGCCGUACUACAAUGCCGGCUACCACUUUUCCCGUCCGUGGUACUUUGAUGCGGACGAUGCCCUGUUCCCCAUGCUGAUGCGGGAUCCUAAGCCGCUGCCCAAGUUAGGAAGUCCGAAGAGAACACCCCCACCUGCUAACAGCCAAGCUCAGCAGCUGAAGCAGAGGAAGGGUCUCUACAAUUUCCGUAAGACGAGCGAUGAGCUGCCGAUUCCGGGAGUCGGGUUGCAGCGAAAUCUGGAGCUGAAUGGACAAUCACUGGAGUCGGAAGAGCAACGUGAUGUGUUCGCCAACUUCAAGUUCCGACGAUACGGUAAGCAAGGAAACAAUCGCAAUUACAACGGGGGUCACAAGGACACGCAGGAGAAGGAGAAGUACGUAAGUUGGACGCUGCCGCCUUCAACGCAGGAUUAGACAAAAAUAAUAAUCGUAGACAAGAUUUAUUUUUAAUCAUUUUUUAAUUUAAUUAUUAUUAUUUAAUUGUGCAAUUUGUGUAUAUGCAACUAUUCCAAAACGAUUCCCUAAUCAGUUCUUAGCAAAAAUAUUCAACGAUAAUUAAAUGAAACUAUUUUGUAUACCAUUGUAAGCAUAAUGUAGAGUGUGUCGUCUGUCGAAUGCACGCAAUUUAACUGUGAUAAUUUUUGAUUUUUGUUUAAUGCCCAAGUGCAAAUUGAUCUAGAUAAAUAGUUCGAUUUUUAUGAAUAGUACUUAGACUUAUUGUAUAUUAAUGCAUUAUUUAAGAGAUAAUCCCAACACUUCUCCCCCCGUGGAGAUUUUUGACAAGCGGAAUGUUUUUAGUUUUUAAUACCUAUUAUUAAAAGCACUUAGUAUUAAAGUUAAAGAAUGGAAUUUUUGAGUUGAUGGACAACUUUAUGCUUGGUUACGAGCUGCAUUUUCUAAGAAAUAUUAAGCUUAAUCAAAAUGAAAACUAAAUAAAAAUGUAAUACAAAUUUUA